CCUGCAAAUGGGGAAUGAUGAAAUGACUGCCUGUCGUUGUGAUUGGUGCGUCAGGUUGUCCUCACGGAUGAGGGGAAAGAGCGAAACAGAGGAAGGGAGAGAUAGAGAUAGAGCGUGAGAGGAAAAGAGAGAGAGAGAAUUGUAGAGUAACGUUGUCAAAACAGACAGGCUUACAUUCGGAUCACAGCUGUACCUAUCAUCCCAUUGCAAUGGAUUGUCGGAACCAAGGGUGCACCCAGCCGCCAGAUGAGGACAUCAUGGACAUCCCACUGGAUGACCCGGCUGCAAAUAAAGCAGCCGCCAAGAUCCAAGCAGGCUUUCGUGGUCAUAUGACCAGAAAGAAAAUGAAGGAUGAAAAGCCCAGAGAAGAGAAACAACGGGAACGCAAGUAAAAGAAAAAGACAAGCCGGCCCCGCAAGGACUACAUAGUGAUCCUGAGACAGGGGGAACACACACACAUCACUGCAAUAAUCAGAGCUCUUCUCUCAAAGGGACCCCCCCCCCCCCCCAUGCAAAAGUUACUAUAGCUCUACAUUUGGAGUUUGUCCACAGACCCGUGAACUCUCUUACUCCUUUGCUUCACAUAGUCAAGAUGGCUGUUCUAUGACACAAAUGAGCCUCACACACAGCAUGAAUAUUUAUCAUAACAGUGAAAGCUCCAUUCAGUUUGGAAAUGUACUGUUUGUAAGUGGAAUGUUUCUUUUUGGCUGCAGGUUUGCAACAUAUAGCCUACUACAUUAUAUGCUUCACGUAGGAUAAAUGGAGUACAUUCCGUGAAGAUUGUGAGGUUGUUUAUAUUCUAGCUCUUCACUUCUUGGCUAGUCAGUCUAAAUAGACAAAACACAAAAGGCAUUUUAUUACACGGCAGUUCUUUUUCUAAAGUGAUUUUCUUUUGCCUGUUUAAUAAAUCUCCAGUCAAGUGCUUGUAUUAUAUGGCUGCUAUUACCCUGGCCUGUGUUGUUUGCUUAUAUGUUGUAAUCAUAACACUACCAAGCUAUUUGUUUGCCAUUUUAUCUUUUAUUGUUCAGUGAAUCAAGUGUCGAAGCAGCCACAAGGUCCGUAAAACUGUUUUAACUUCUGUUGCUUCACUGUAAGGAGACCAACAGGGUUGACUGGGUACUGACAACACUAGAUUAGGAGUUGUUUCUGUUACAAUCAUGUCACCAUCAUUACAAAAUACUGUUAAUAAUAUGGAAGAUAUUCA